CCAAACAUGCAUGAUCUUUGUCUAUAUAACAAGAUUCGAUCAUGUCUCAUGGUACAAACAAACACAGCACUCAAACACAAGCUCUGUGUUCAAAGAACAAAUCAUGGCUACUUGUCUUUUUUCUGCACCAGCAGCAUUCUUGCCUGCUUUCCUCUUCCUCAUGAGUAGUGUCUGCUUUGCUCCUGAGGUGGCAACUGCAAUGCAUGCUGGCAUUACAAGGCAUUAUAAGUUUAAUAUAAGGUUGCAAAAUGUGACAAGAUUGUGUCACACAAAGAGCAUGGUGACUGUCAAUGGCAAGUUUCCUGGACCGCGCAUUGUGGCUAGAGAGGGCGAUCGCGUGCUCAUUAAAGUUGUGAACCAUGUCUCCAAUAAUAUCACCAUCCAUUGGCAUGGAAUUCGACAACUCCAGAGCGGAUGGGCAGAUGGACCGGCAUAUGUAACACAAUGUCCCAUUCAGAGUGGCCAGACUUAUGUUUACAAUUAUACCAUUAUUGGACAAAGGGGAACUCUGUGGUGGCAUGCUCAUGUUUCAUGGCUAAGAGCUAGCGUUUAUGGACCGAUUGUCAUCUUUCCCAAGCACAAUGUUCCUUAUCCGUUUCCCAAACCAGACAAGGAAGUUCCAAUCAUGUUUGGAGAAUGGUGGAAUGCUGAUCCAGAGGCUGUUAUCAGCCAAGCCCUUCAAACCGGAGGCGGACCUAAUGUGUCUGAUGCAUACACCAUCAAUGGUUUCCCUGGACCAUUGUACAAUUGUUCUGCUCAUGAAACAUAUAAGCUGAAGGUGAAGCCUGGGAAAACAUAUCUUCUCCGCAUUAUCAACUCUGCACUCAACGACGAUCUCUUUUUCAGUAUAGCUAAUCACACCUUAACAAUAGUUGAAGCUGAUGCCAGUUACGUCAAGCCAUUCCAGACUGAUAUCCUCUUCAUCACGCCAGGACAAACGACUAAUGUUCUUCUGAAAACAAAGCCUCUUUCUCACAACGCCACUACUUUCUUCAUGACUGCUAGACCAUACUUCACUGGCCAAGGAACAUUCGACAACUCCACAGUAGCUGGAGUCCUCCAAUAUGAAAAUGACUCUUCUAAUAUCACAAACCUUCCUCUGCCUACUCUUCCUCCAAUCAAUGGAACAUCUUUUGUUGCUAAUUUUACCAGCAAGUUUCGAAGCCUAGCUAAUUCACAGUAUCCAGCAAAUGUACCUCAAACUGUUGACAAACAUUUUUUCUUCACAGUAGGCCUCGGAACACACCCCUGUCCCAAGAACCAAACUUGUCAAGGACCCAACAAUAGUUCUAAAUUCGCCGCAUCAAUUAACAACAUCUCUUUAGUUCUGCCUACAACUGCAUUUCUCCAAGCAUACUUCUUCGGAAAAUCUAAUGGCGUCUACACUACUGAUUUUCCUGUCACUCCCCUCAUGCCAUUUAAUUACACUGGCACUCCUCCUAAUAACACCAUUGUGACUAAUGGUACUAAAUUGGUGGUGCUGCCAUAUAACACUACUGUGGAGCUGGUGAUGCAAGAUACUAGUAUUCUAGGUGCUGAAAGCCAUCCUCUCCAUCUUCAUGGCUUUAACUUCUUUAUAGUUGGCCAAGGUUUCGGAAACUUUGAUGCUAAGAAUGAUCCUGCCAAGUUCAACCUUGUGGAUCCUGUUGAAAGAAACACAGUUGGUGUGCCUUCUGGUGGAUGGGUUGCCAUUCGUUUUCUGGCUGAUAACCCUGGGGUGUGGUUCAUGCACUGUCAUUUCGACGUGCAUUUGAGCUGGGGAUUAAGGAUGGCAUGGGUUGUUUUGGAUGGGAAGCUUCCAAGCCAGAAACUGCCUCCUCCACCUGCAGAUCUUCCCAAGUGCUAAGCUUUUGUUUCAAGGAGUUGCUCAUUGGUCCUUGUCUUUCUAAGUUCCAUAUCAUCAUCAUAUAAUUUUGUUACACAAGUAUACAUGUUAUUGUUUCUUUUUGCAUAUCAUGAUCAAAGAUGUGCCUCCAAUUAGGCACUGAUAUUUUUGUUUGUUUUAUGUUUUGUUGCUCUUGACCCUGACUUGCCACCCCAGAAGAUUUUGUAAUAUUUCAAGUUAAGUUUUUGUAUUGUAUUCAUCAAUAAAAUUCAUCAUCAUCGCACCUUUUA